UCGCAUAAGAUCGAGAUCGGCAAGGUGGGGGCUGCUUUUUUUUCAACCUUCCAACUCUCAUCUACAAAACACCAAACGUCAAACCAAGCAGCAAGAUUUGUGAGACUGUGAAGGGCAUUUUUCCCCUUUGGACGAUCCGUCAUGAGUCAACAAGACCUCGCAGAGCAGAAUAUUCAGAUGUGGAAAGUCAAAAAGCUCAUCAAGAGCUUGGAUUCAGCAAGAGGCGCUGGAACAUCAAUGAUCAGCCUAAUCAUCCCCCCCAAGGACCAGAUCUCUCGCGCAGUUUCGAUGUUGACGCAGGAAUAUGGUACUGCAUCUAAUAUCAAGUCGCGUGUGAACAGACUUUCCGUGCUAUCUGCCAUCACGAGUACGCAACAGCGUCUAAAACUGUACACUCGCGUCCCACCAAAUGGGCUUGUCCUCUUCGUUGGGACGAUCCUCACCGAUGAAGGCAAGGAAAAGAAAGUAUCCUUUGAUUUCGAACCUCAUAAACCUAUUAAUACGUCUCUUUACUUGUGUGACAACAAGUUCCACACAGAGGCACUCUCGGAGCUCCUCGAGUCUGACCAACGCUUCGGGUUCAUCGUCAUGGAUGGUAACGGUACUCUCUUCGGGACGCUGGCUGGCAACACGCGUGACGUGAUCCAUAAAUUUACCGUUGACCUCCCCAAGAAACACGGUCGUGGUGGUCAGUCCGCGCUUCGUUUCUCUCGUCUCCGCGACGAAAAACGGCACAACUACGUCCGCAAGGUCGCGGAACUUGCUGUGCAACACUUCAUCACGAACGACAAAGUAAACGUGUCUGGAUUGGUUCUCGCUGGAAGUGCAGAUUUCAAGACUGAACUGAGUCAGAGUGACAUGUUUGAUCCGAGAUUGGGCUCCAAGAUAAUCAAGGUGGUGGACGUGAGCUACGGUGGUGAGAACGGCUUCAAUCAAGCUAUCGAACUGGCUGCAGAGUCACUCUCGAAUGUCAAGUUUGUACAAGAAAAGAAGCUUAUCCAAAGAUACUUCGAUGAAAUUAGUCAAGACACGGGCAGGUACUGUUUCGGAGUGGACGAUACGCUCAAGUGUCUUGAGCUUGGUGCUGUUGAGACAUUGGUCGUAUGGGAGAGCUUGGAUAUAACCCGCUUUAUCCUUCGCAAUGCUGCAGGAGAGGAGAUCAUAAUUUACCUGACGAAAGAACAAGAGAAGGAACGCGAGAGAUUCCUAGACAAAUCUACAGGACUGGAAAUGGAAAAAGCCAGUGAACCGAUAUCGCUCCUUGAAUGGUUCACCGAGAAAUACAAAGAAUUCGGUGCUACACUUGAAUUUGUUACGAACCGGUCGCAAGAAGGCGCGCAGUUCGUAAAGGGCUUCGGUGGGAUCGGGGGUCUCUUGAGGUACAAGGUCGAUAUGGCGAACUUGGCCUCUGUCGAUGACGAUGAGGACGAGUUCCUCUCUGAUGACGAGGCUAUUUGACGAUUUCGUCGGCUCCAAUUCGGAGCCCCGUCCUCUUCUAGUAGCACGCAGGGCGGGGCGGAGGGAAAGUGGGGAGAAAGCGGCAGAUAUGGGGUCGGAGGUGUUGAUCAGAUGCAACGCCGAGUUGGAAUAUCUUGCGAUGAGGGAUGCAGCCAUCCAAGCGAUGCUCUGCUAAACGAUGAUAAGUCUGUAGAAUGUGCUAUGUAAUUGUGUAGUCAAGUGGUAUGUAGUCGGUGGGAAUAGCUUAUGAGUAAUCGAACAAACGUGGCGCCUGUGACG